AUGGCCAACCUCGAGAACAUUGUCUUCUUGCUGCUGGUGCUCUUGACGACGUAUCCAUGGGCACUUGCAGUGAGGCAAGAUAUGCUGUUCAAAAACUACCAUAUCAUCAUCACCAAUGAUUUGCCUAAAGAUACAUUUCAUUUACCUUCACCAGACGCGCCACAGCUUUUUGUGCAUUGCAAGUCCGGUGACCGAGAUAUUGGGCCCAAAGCCAUGUUGAACGGCGAGGUCUACACCUGGGAUACGAAGAUCAACUUUUUCCGAACCACACUGUUUUUCUGCUACGAACGGUGGGAGAAUUUUCUCAAGAAUGGAACUUUCGAUCUUUUCAAGGCCACCAGAGACGAAGACCGGUGCUUAGAGCAUCAAGACACCUGCUUUUGGUCGGUGAGGAGCGAUGGGUUUUACUUCAGCAAUAAUAACCAAACUUGGCGCAAUGAAUAUCCAUGGUAG